UUCCGGCGGCGGUCGCCGGGUUGCUCCUUUGUGGCAGUCGGUCGGCUUUUGUGGGAGGCCGGUCCGCUUGGUCGCGCAUCUGUGCCACCGUCGGCCGGUCUGUCCGUCCACCGCGGGGCCUGUCUGCCGGCCGCGCUCUGCGCCAGCUGGCUCCGGACGGCUGAGCCCGAGCCCGGCGGUGCUCCCGGCCCGCAGUGUCCCGGGAGGAGUGUGCCGGGCUGCGCGGGGCGCGGGUGAUGGGGCGUGAGCGCAGGCUGGGGUGUGGGGCGCUUGCGGAGCCUGCCUGACCCCGACCUUGGGGGCGGGGAGCGGCGCAGGGGGCUCCGCGGGCGUGACCGUGACCGUGCAGCCGGGAGUGCGGGGGCCUCGCCCCGGGGCCCCCCUGCAGGCUGCCCCUGAGCCCCAGCAGCAGGACCCGCGCCCCUGGGCCUGGCCUGGGGCCCGGGAGGCUGCAGAGCCGCGCACGGCCGGGGGAACGCUGCCGAGGGCGCCAUGGAGACCCCUGCCCCGAAGCCCCGGGAGACAGGUACAGUUGGCUCGUCUAGUCACUGGGUCUGUGGACCUGGCUCGAGGAGGCGGACACUCAGGUCGGGCUAGUGUCCCAGAAGCACUUGGCAGAGUCGGGCCUCCUGCCUCUCACCGUGCACACCCGUUCGUUUCCAGUUCUCAAGCAUGCUGAAGAGGAAGACAAACAAGGGCAGUGUUCUUCCUCCAGAUUGUGCCGAUAUUGGGGCUCGCUCCCCACCCCACCCGCGGGGGCGGUUCCUGAGUCCUCUCCGAGCCUGCCCGGUGCUAGGGGUGGAGUGGGCUUCAGCUCAGCCCUGCACCGGGGGCUAUGGGCAGAGCAGCCCCUUUGACUCAUUUCUCCUCCCCAGCUCGGUCCUCUCAGGAGCCUGCCCUUACCCUCAAAAAGAAUCCAGAGGAUAAAUUGGAUCAGGGUCUCCUGGAAGCCAGGUCCGAGGAAUCGGUGACUUUCAAGGAUGUGGCUGUGGACUUUACCCAGGAGGAGUGGGGCCAGCUAGACUCCCCUCAGAGGGCCUUGUACCGUGACGUGAUGCUGGAGAACUACCAGAACCUUCUUGCCCUGGCAGGGCCCCCUGUCUGCAAGCCAGAUGUGAUCUCCCACCUGGAACGAGGCGAGGAGCCGUGGUGGAUGCCCGGAGAAGUUCCUGGAGGGGCUUGUUCAGGAGGGGAGCCCGGGCCUGGGGUGGAGGACAAGUGGUGUCAACAGCAGGGUGUUUACAAGGAAGAGCCAUGCCAGGAGCCGAUCACCAAGCCACUGAACAUUCCUGCAGAAGGAGACCCUCCUGACGGGCCUACAGAGAGUUUCCGGCCUGGUGAGGUGGUCCUUAAGCCACGGAGAGGCCAGGGGAGAGGCCUGGCCAGGAACAGCGACCGCAGCGAACACCCUCCGACAAGCGGGCGGCGGUGCGUGGCCGCCGGGGAAGGCCUCUUCGCGUGUGCCGAGUGUGGGAAAGCCUUCGGGCAGAGCUCGGCUCUGACCCUGCACCGGCGGUGGCACGCCCGGGAGAAGGCCUACAAGUGCCACGAGUGCGGCAAGGCCUUCACCUGGAGCACCAAUCUCCUGGAGCACCAGCGCAUCCACACCGGGGAGAAGCCCUUCUUCUGCGGCGAAUGCGGGAAGGCCUUCAGCUGCCACUCGUCCCUGAACGUGCACCACCGCAUCCACACAGGCGAGCGGCCCUACAAGUGCAGCGCCUGCGAGAAGGCCUUCAGCUGCAGCUCGCUGCUCAACAUGCACCUGCGCGUGCACACGGGCGAGAAGCCCUACCAGUGCGGCGCGUGCGGCAAGGCCUUCAACCAGAGGACGCACCUGACGCGCCACCAGCGCAUCCACACUGGCGAGAAGCCCUACCAGUGUGGCGCGUGCGGCAAGGCCUUCACCUGCCACUCGUCCCUGACCGUGCACGAGAAGAUCCACAACGGGGACAAGCCGUUCAAGUGCGGCGAGUGCGGGAAGGCCUUCAGCAGCCGCUCACGCCUCACCCUGCAUCAGCGCAUCCACACGGGCGAGAAGCCCUUCAAGUGCUCCGAGUGCGGCAAGGCCUUCAGCUGCCACUCCUACCUCGUCGUGCACCAGCGCAUCCACAGCGGCGAGAAGCCCUUCAAGUGCAACGAGUGUGGGAAAGCCUUCAGCUCCCACUCCUACCUCAUCGUGCACCAGCGCAUCCACACGGGCGAGAAGCCCUUUGACUGCAGCCGCUGCUGGAAGGCCUUCAGCUGCCACUCGUCCCUCAUCGUGCACCAGCGCAUCCACACCGGGGAGAAGCCCUACAAAUGUGGUGAAUGCGGCAAAGCCUUUAGCCAGAAUCACUGUCUCAUCAAACAUCAGAAGAUCCACUCUGGGGAGAAGUCAUUCAGAUGUAACGAGUGCGGGGAAAUGUUUGGCUGGAGCACUCACCUCACUGAACACCAGAGAAGACACAGCGAGGAGAAGCCCUUUGCCAUCCAGUUCAAUAAGCACUUACUAAGCACCUACUACAUGCCUGGCGGCCUGCUGGGUGCAGGGGGCGCGGGCGUGAGUGGCGUGGACCCCAUCGAUCCCCUGGACGUGGCAAAGCUCCUGUGUGUGGUGCAGCCCUCCUCCGGCAGGACUUCCCCCCUGGGCAGCAAGCCUGGAAAUUAGCGCUGCGUGCUCACCAUCAGCCUCGUUCCUUCCAUAGAAAGCCUGGCAGCUCAGAUACAUACAGCCCGCCCAUGCCUCCGGAUUAGAGACCGGCCCUGUGCCCACACCCCAUGCGCAGGGAUAGCUCUCUCAGAGGUCAUCACUGUCCCGGGAAGCACUAUGCAUUAGGCGAGAAGAGUCAAGGGCCUUUUGAGGUUGUCCUGUCAUCCUGUUUUCUUUAACGGGUUUGCAGGUCACUGACAUGGGGAAUAGAUCUUUCCUACAGAUCAGAAAGAAGGUACGUCGAUCGUUGUGUCCUUGGACAGCGGGCUCCUGGCAUGGUUUCGAUCAGGAAUUUCCUUUGUAUGCUGUUAAGUUUAGAAUGAUAAUGAUAAUAAAAACAAACAAGAAUCAUGAA